CCUCCACAUAUCCCUAAUCUACUUAUUUCCCUUCUCUUACUCACUAUACUUGUUACUCUCUAUCUCUCUGCUUCUUGAUUUCUUAUUUUGUAACAAAAUAUGGCUGCUGUAAGUGCUGCAGUCUCUCUUUCUACCUCCCAAUCUGCUUCUCUUUCAUCUAGAACAUCCAUUAUUUCUCCAGAAAGGAUCAAUUUUAACAAGGCAUCCUUGCACUACAGGAAUGUGUCGUCUAAGGUUGCUCCGAUAAGAGCUGAGGUGAGCACUGAGGCGCCUCCGAAGAAGGAGAAGCAUUCCAAGAAACAGGAAGAAGGAGUAGUUGUCAACAAGUUCAGGCCUAAAGAGCCAUACAUUGGCAAAUGCCUCUUGAACACCAAGAUCACCGCGGACGACGCCCCUGGUGAAACAUGGCACAUGCUCUUCAGCACUGAGGGAGAGGUGCCUUACAGAGAAGGCCAAUCGAUUGGAAUAAUCCCGGAUGGCAUUGACAAGAACGGGAAGCCUCACAAGCUGAGGCUGUACUCGAUUGCAAGCAGCGCCCUCGGUGAUCUAGGAGACUCCAAGACUGUCUCCUUGUGUGUUAAGAGGCUUGUCUACACCAAUGAUCAAGGGGAAAUAGUUAAAGGAGUUUGCUCAAACUUUUUGUGCGACUUGACACCCGGUGCUGAGGUGAAAAUAACUGGACCUGUUGGGAAAGAGAUGCUUCUGCCAAAAGACCCUAAUGCUACCAUCAUUAUGCUUGCAACCGGAACUGGGAUUGCUCCUUUCCGCUCGUUUCUGUGGAAGAUAUUCUUUGAGAAGCAUGAUGACUACAAGUUCAAUGGCUUAGCUUGGCUGUUUCUGGGCGUUCCCACGACCAGCUCGUUGCUCUACAAAGAUGAGUUCACGAAAAUGAAGAGUAAAAGUCCGGACAACUUCCGUGUGGACUAUGCUAUAAGCAGAGAAGAGACAAACGCGAAGGGGGAGAAGAUGUACAUCCAGACGCGGAUGGCUGAGUACGCAGAGGAGCUGUGGGAGCUGCUCAAGAAGGACAACACCUACAUAUACAUGUGCGGGCUCAAGGGCAUGGAGAAGGGCAUUGACGAUAUCAUGGGCUCGUUAGCUGCUAGAGAUGGUAUCGACUGGAUAGAGUACAAGAGGCAGUUGAAGAAGGGAGAGCAGUGGAAUGUGGAAGUCUACUAAUUCUUGUUGUAUAAUGCUGUUGUGUAAAUGUAUCACUCUUUGCUGCUGUAGAUAGGUAACCUCUUUUUUGUCACCUUUUUUUGCAAUUUGCUUUAUUUUUAAAUAUUCUUAUUUGAUCUCUCAUUCACCUACCUGAUGAUGCUGAGAUUUUGAGGAACUAUCACAGAGUUUAAUUGGGAAGCAAAUUGUCAAUCAUUUUCACUGUUAA